AUGUCCUCGAUGGCACACUCCGCCAAGCCGCUGGAGCCCGUCUCCAGUUCUGUCGCAUCGGCUGCGACCGCACUCUACGACCUCGUGUGCAUUGGAUUCGGCCCAGCUCAGCUGGCCACUGCCAUCGCCAAUCGUGAAACGAAACCUCCCUCUAGUGUGCUAUUCCUCGAGCGGAAACCCUCAUUCUCGUGGCACUCUGGAAAGCACGGCGCAAGAACACGACUGGAGGGCCCAUUCAUAUACGACCUCGCGACUCUCCGGAAUCCCAGGUCAGCUUUUAGCUAUGCCAACUACCUCCUUGCCCGGAAUCGACUUAUUGAGUUCGCCAAUUCAGACCGGCUGAAUCCAUUGCGGAUUGAGUUCGAAGAUUACCUGAAAUGGUGCGCUGAGCAUUUCAAGGACCAAGUCAGGUACAGCAGCGAAGUCGUAAAGGUAGUUCCAAUCUUGAGCGGCGACGUUGUGAGCGCAUGGCAGGUUGCUGUUCGGGACGAGAAUGGCGCCGUGUCCUUCUUCAGAGCAAAGAGCAUUCUUGCACCGUCCCCAGCAAGCAGUAACAGAUCUAGAAUGCCACCACCGGUACCGGUCGACUUCCUGGCAGGAGAGCGGAUCAUUUCCAUGGAUGACUACCAGUCUAGACGGAACGAAUUGCGAGGAACUGCUGAACCACGACUCAAUGUUGCCGUUAUGGGCGCUGGACAACGAACUGCGGAGAUAGUGGACGACUUGUUGUCCUGCCCUCGGUUAGGCAAUAUCACAUUAGUGACUGAGGACGAGUCGCUUGUACCGCUUCAGGCACUUGCCGAGCAGGAACCGGCACGACCACAGCUCUGCUCAAUCUGGGCGAAGCCUUCCGGCAACCAGAAAGCAUCCAUUCCCGAGGCGUCUGAACUUGUUCAGACGAUCUACAUGCGCGCGUACGAGAAGCAGGUCGCCAGUCGAGGUCAAUACACCCUGCGUGUGGUCGUUGGCAAGGAGGCUGCUGAACGUUGUUCGUUGGCACACUUCAUCAUUCGGGAUACUAGAGACGAUGCAUCUCUGAGCACAGGUCUGCUUCAGAGCCUCGAUAAGCUUGCGCUAGGCUGCCGGCCCAAGGGCGACAGCUUGGAGGAGGUGCAGUUCAAGCGCGACGCUGUUGACGCAGGCUGCCGUGUCUUUUUGAUGUCAGCAAAUACAGAAGGUGGGCGCUCUUUGGCUAAGGACAUCGCUGUGAUGGCAGGCCAUGUUGUGAAGCUGGUGUCGCAGAAGGUUGAGACGAGACGAGAUGAUGUCAUAGCUCAAGCGCGGAUGUAA